AUGGGUUCCAAGGCAUUUCUUUUUCUUGGCCUUUCAAUGGUUAUUGUUCUUCUCAUUACCUCAGAGGUGGCAGCUAGGGAGUUGGCUAAGACUUCCACUACCAAUGAAAACACUGACGAGACAAAUGGGGUAGAUGAUGCUAAGUAUCCUGGUGGCAGAUAUGGCGGCAAUCCAGGCGGAGGAUAUGGAGGAUACCCAGGUGGUGGAUAUGGAGGAAACCCUGGUGGAGGGUAUGGAGGGUACCCUGGUGGUGGCCGUGGUGGAUAUGGUGGCCGCGGUGGAUAUGGUGGCCGAGGUGGAAAUGGUGGCCGUGGGGGAGGAGGUAAUUGCUAUUAUGGUUGCUGUGGCCGAGGAUAUUAUGGAAGGGGUUGUGGACGGUGCUGCUCUUACGCUGGUGAGGCCAUGGAUGUGGAGACUGAAGCAAAGCCUCACAACUAA